GUUCGUAGCGCUUGCAUAACAAUUAAGCGGGCCUGUUCCAUUGGCCCCUAGCUCGUCUCAAUUGGACGAGCUGCACCGUGACGGUCCGUUCGGAAUCGUGUGCCGGUCAGCAGAAUAUUCUUGUGGCGUAUGCUUGUAUAAAAGCCAUGGACUCGUCGCCUCUUGGCAAGCCCCAACCUCGUUAGCUUUUUCGGAAGUGGCACAUCACCCUUCAACAAAAUUACAAGAUGCGUCUCACAACCUCCAUCACGGUCGCCUCCGUGUUGGGCGCCGCUCUCGCCAAGCCCGAAAAGAUCCGCGGUGUCAGCGAUCCAGUGCACCACUUCUACCUUCAGGAAUACCCCCAGGACAAGAGCACCGCAGUCCUGGGUCCAGAAUCAUCAGCAGAAUACUUCAACAUUGGAGGCACUAUCCAAAGCGCAAACACGACGCUGUACCUCAAUGUCGGCAAUGACAGCACUUCAUACAAGACGCUAACCUUUGGGACGACUGCGUCGACCAAGGCGUGGGGGCUCGAGGGCGAUACAAUCAUCACAACGCAAGGAAGUACUUGGGGUCGUCAAUUGAACUUUCUGGCUUGCAAACUGGACGGCAGCUACUGGCAGCUGUACCUGCAGACAGGCAGUGCCACGCCCAGUGGGAAGACUUGCAGCAACUAUCAGACUAUCCACCUUCCGUGUCUGUGCUGA